UGUUGCUUGGGAGCGAAGCAGCGACAGUGCUAGAGAAACUGGGUGGAUUAAAAAGCAGUGAGAUAGCAUUAUUCGUGCUGCGUGUGACGAUAUCUACGCGAAUGAUUUGAUACCAACUGAAAAACGGGAAAAAGAGGAUGCGCGGAAAGCUAAAGCAGCAAGGCGUGAAGAAAGGACUAAAAAAAGGGAAGCAAGACUUAAAGACCCAAGCCUGAAAACCACUUACAAUAUGGCUGCCUAUCGGAGAAGUUCCUCGCUGAGCAAGUGGGACGAACUACUAGCGCUGCGGGAGAAGUUGAAACUAGACCAAACUGCCGACUUGGAGAAGGACAAAGCAAAUGACGACUCUGCGGAAUCUGGCUCGCAGGCUCACAGUAUGGCCAGGGGCGGGACCAGUACGUCGAGAAGCGAAGACAGCCGCGACCGCGAUAAAAACUCGGACAGUACAAGUAACUCCACAUGGGGAAAGAGCGGGGGUAAUCACUCAUUCAGGAUGGCAGGCAUUGCCGAGCAGAUAAUGACGGGGAGAAACAUUGACCCGAAAAAAUGGGAGAGCAUGUCAAAGCCGCAGAAAUUGCGUAUCAUUGCUUCGGAGAGGAGGCGGGAGGCGGAGGAAGUAAACAACCAGCAGAGAGACAUAUCCGAGUUAAAGAGGCGACUUCAUAAAAAGAAGAAUGCGAAACGCGUGUUUAAUUUGGCCGAUAUGAUAAAGGUGCAGAGGCAAAUGGAUAAUCAUGCUGAUAUUGUGCCGCGGCCCACGAACGUUGGCCUAGACAGUGGCUACACCUCCCCGAGCACCGGCAGCCCCCUCGUAAACAGUGAUCCGCAGGUUGAAGAGGCGGCCAAGAACGAGGAAGCGAGAAGAACAUUACAUCAUUGGAACAGUCGCGGGGCCGCAGUAAAGACCCUUAGCUUCGAAGAAACCCGACGAGAAAGGCAGCAGGCGGGCUCACGAGAAGUGGAUGUGCCAGGCAGGGAUCCAAGGACCAAUCGACAAGAGAUAACAGAGGAAAGGACGGUUGCUAGCAAGUGGCAACGACAGGUUGUGAGCAAAGAAGGAACUGGUAUUGGAGAAGGAGGGGCAAGUAAGGGCAACAGGAACGAAUUUGUUGUGAAGGCAGAUGUGAUAGUCUCCGCAACAGGGGCAAGCGGGGACACUGUUAUUAAUUCACAACAGGGGCGAAGUGGGAAUACUUCGGUAAGCUUGGAAAAGAACCGGAGUGAUACAAAACUUGUAAAAACCGAAAUAAAUUCACGUGUUGAUGAAAAUAGUGUGCAUUCUGCUGAGACUUCCAAAUCUGUGAUAGCCAAUACAAAUACCGGUAAUGAGAUUGUACCUGAAUCGAAAGUUAAAAAGGAUAAUAGGACUGUAGGGGAAAGCGAGGUCGGUAAGGAAGGCAGACAAAAAUGUGAUGAAAGUGAGAAAACUGCUGACAGCAGAAGUAGUAAAAAGGUAGAAAAAACAGCUGAAAACAAAGGUGGUGAAAAAGUUGAAAAGAGUACAAGUAAGCUUUUAGGCUCGGUUGUGAAAAAGGGGUCCAAAAUGGCAGAUAGAGAAGACAAUGAAAAGGAUCCACAGGAGAAGAAGGAAAAAGAACCUGAAAAGGAAUCUGAAAAAGAAUCUGAAAAGAAGGAAGAAGAAAAACCAAAGACACCAGAAAAGGAGGAAGAAAAAGGCAAGGAAGCGAACGAACUGGAAAAGGAACGAACGCCGUCACCGGAACUGGAAAGAGAAGCAACACCAGCAGCAGAGAACGAUCCUGAACCAGAAAAAUCCCCAUCGUCAGAACCGAAAAAAGAAGCCGAGACUGCACCACCAAAACCGAACGAGGAACAAAAAAAAGAAGAAUCACCAAGCGAAGGAGAGAAGGAGCCUAAACCGACAGAGGAGGCACCAGUGGUUGAAACAGGGCCCCAGGAAGGGGUAGACACACUAGAGACUGAGGGAGACGAUGAUUCCGAGGAGGACGACGAAGAGGCUCAAGAGUUGCAAACUAAAAAAGAGCGACAGGAUAAAAUAGAUAGUACGUUAUCGGCGUUAGACGCUUUAAUAGACAACCAACUUAAUAGUGUGCUUGGGCGGCCACAGACUAGUGACAAUGGGCCUGUGAUACCAAAGGAAAAGUUAGAUGAACUACUGAAUGGAGAGUUUAGUCAGGCUUUAGACAGAUAUUUGCAAGGGAAGUCGGAUGGGACAGACCUUAUGGACAAGUGUCUUGAAGUUUUAGGUUGAGGGAUAAAUUUGUAACUCACACCUCCUAUGUGCUGAACGCCAAGCUGUACUGAAAAAAGACUUCCCUCCAAGUAAGGACCGAACUCGAAUGGCCAAGGAUGAUAUAUCAGAACUUCAGGUGAAGGCUCGUAAACGCGAAUCAGCUUUUCGUCUGCCGUCAUGCCUCUUGACGGACUCAAGUACUAAAUACAAUGUGUAGCCUUUUUGUCAAGUUAGCGCCAAUGACGUCACUAAUGGCGAAAUUUGAGGCUACGUACAUUACAUACAUGCCAGCAUGUCUACUACACAUGCUUCGUUGCCAUGCUGGCCCGCAUGAUAGCCGACUGAGAAAUGUUGUGAAGCAUCAAAAGCCUGACCCAAAUAGCCUUUAUUGUGGCAAUGUCGACUGCUCUGUUCGGCUGAUUCUUUACUGAGUCAGUAAAUCGAUCACCGAAUCAAUCCAGCGCACCCAUGCAUGUAGCAUCUUUCUUCUUCCUUUCGUUUUUACCUUACUGGUAAACCGAGUAUGGACCAAUUCCACACCAGCCGUCUUUCUUAUAGGAGGAGGCAGACCAGAAUAAUAUUGCCGACUCGCUUCAGUUCUGGUUUUCAGCCCAUCUGCAGGCCAGAAUCCGCCACAGGGCUCUAUUUCUAUUUCUAUUUCAUUUCUAUUUCAUUUGUUAUUUCUUGUCAGCCAACAGUGCCACAAUUCCUUUGCCGAGGCAGUUCCAUAUUAAGUCUCAUUGCCAAAUUUAGCAUGCAGUGCUAUAUCGGUCACCAAUACCCAAAAAUAUAAGUGUCUACAGGGUGGCCCAUAAUUAUUUUCCCUCCCACAAUGGAUACGCAAUAGAAUUCUAUUGUCCAAAGGAAAAUAAUUCUUGGCCAUCCUGUAGAGUCUACAGCGAGUGCCAUAAAGUACCCACUACUGAUCCCAGUGCCAUAAUAUGUA